CGCGUGGCGGCGGUAACGUGCUGUGACGUCAACGUGACCUCACCAACAUGGCGGCGCCCAUCAGCAGCUACAGCUGGUUCGCUUCCGUUUCGAGAAAAGUGGGAAGUUUACUAUUUAAUUCGGUUUGCAUUGCCCAAGCAGCGACGUGCAGUGCCAAAAUGGACUCUGUGGGGCCAACCAAGCUGGAGUUUGCAGUGCAGAUGACAUGUGAGAGCUGCGCAGUUAAAGUCAGAGCUGCUCUGGAGGGAAAACCAGGAGUGACGUCUGUCAGUGUGGAUGUGGGUAAGGAGGAGGUGUUGGUGGAUUCCACUCUCACCACUGCAGAGGUGCAGGCUCUGAUCGAGAGCACCGGACGCAGAGCCGUGCUGAAAGGCAUGGGAGGAUCAGAGCAAGACCUGGGUUCAGCGGUGGCCAUGCUGGCGGGCGUGGGGAGAAUCCAGGGGGUGGUGCGCUUCCUUCAGCUGUCGGAGCAGCGGUGCCUGAUCGAUGGGACCAUUGAUGGGCUGGAGCCCGGACCCCACGGCCUCCACGUCCACACCCUGGGGGACCUGACCCAGGACUGCCUCAGUUGUGGAGAGCACUAUAACCCCUUUGGAAGACAACACGGCGGUCCAGGGGAUUCUGAAAGGCAUGUCGGUGAUCUGGGAAAUAUUGUCGCAGGACCAGAUGGCAGGGCUUCAUUUAGACAAGAGGACAGUCAGAUAAAGGUGUGGGAUGUGAUUGGCCGGUCGCUGGUGGUCGAUGCGGGGGAGGACGACCUGGGUCGGGGCGAUCACCCUCUCUCCAAACAGACCGGGAACUCUGGGGAAAGACUGGCCUGUGGGAUCAUCGCCCGAUCAGCAGGUCUUUUCCAAAAUGCAAAACAGAUUUGUGCGUGUGACGGGGUCACGCUGUGGGAGGAGAGAGACCGGCCCAUUGCAGGGAAAGGCCGGAGCAAAGCCAGCACAGAGACCCCCGCUGCACACCUCUGAACCUGAGACACAAACACCAAUCAUAUCUCUAACCUGUGGACAGUUAAGGGCACAUCGGAGAGAAAUGCAGAGGACAUUUGCUGACAGAGGGUCAAAGCUGAAGCGAGGAAAACAAAGAGUACUUAGGAAAACGUUUACACACAGCUGGACGGACGACCAAAGAUAAAAAGCCUUAGUUUCAUGAUUUCUUUCUUUGUGUCAAAAUCAAAUCCUCUUGCAGUCUGUGUCCUCUGAGGAUUCUAAAGCGGAUUAAAUCCACAUGGGACUUUGUGAAAGUCACCUUUGAUUAGCUAGAUUUCAGUUAAUAUGUUUGUAUAACCAGUCCCCUCUGACACACUUGUCACAUCACUGUCUCAUUUGAUGUAUUGGCUGGGAUGAAUGCGCUGUAGUCUGGCAUUAAAAAUGUCUAGGUUAAUUAUAGACGCCUCUUAAAAACAGUAUGAGUAACUAUUAAGAGGAAAAUCAACACACAAAUAGGAUUACAAAGCGGUGUCAUGCUAAUAUUUAGUAUAUUCACUGUCAUGUAGACUUUCUCAACCUAAGUAACCUAGUGUUUUUAUUGAGAAUGCAUUGAAAAAAUACCCAGAAAGGCUACAGAAAAGUCCAAAUAGAAACCUAAAAUGUAGGGACAAUUGAUGGAAACAUCAAAUGAUGGGCACUCCUGGUAGUAGUUGUAGCCUAAACAUUCACAAUCCCAAAGUUAUGGAUUCACAUGUCCAGACAUGGAUGAUCCCAAUGUGAUAUCUUAAAGAAAUCCAUCUAUGAAGGGUCACAAUAAGAGUGUGAUAGACGUAAAUAAUGUGGAAAUCUGUAUCGCCGUUAGCUGAAUUUGGACCUCACUUUUGUCCACCAUUGGUGUGUUCAUCUUUAAUCCAUAAGGUGGUGUGAGUGACUUGGCUAAGAGAGAUUUAAAAGAGCUCGAGAGAGAGAGUCAAAUUCCACCGAGAGUGAAAGGCCGAGGGGGGGUUAAAGUUUGGGGGGGGGGCUUCCUUGAAGGACUGUUCCCUCAGCUGUCUUCACAACAUGGAGACUGAGUGUACAAUUACCUUAGAACCUUACAGAAAAACUGUAAAUCGGCUUUGAAUCAACCGCUGUAUUGUCUUGAUGAUUGAAGUAUAAUAUAAUAACGUAAAACCUCUACCUCUGGCCACUUGUUGAUUUCUGUUAACUCUUGAUGAAGACAUCAAUAUUGGCACAGUGUGUGUGUGCAAUCUUUUGUCCAUAUGAGAGUGUGUAGCCAGUUUUGCAUUGAUUUUCUAGCAAAUUGAGCAUCUGUCUUGUCCUGUUGGUGCAUGAAUAGGCUUAUUGAAUUUUCCCCCAAAUGUCCACUCGUUGGUGUCUUUUUCCAUCUGUGUCUGAGGGCUGCGAACACAACUUGAAUGUACAAUCGAUGUUUGUUCAAAUUAUCGAUUCACGCCUGGUGUAUUUUCAAUUAAUAAUUGAAUCUAUACGUUUUGGGAAAUGGUGGAAAUGUGUUAUUUUCUUUAAAAUUCUGUUUUUUCUUCAACUUUUAAUCAAAGAAAGUGAUAUAAAUCAGAAGAACUGGAACAUUUAAGAAGCUAAAACAAGUGAAUGUGUUGUUUUUUUGCUGACUCAUUUCCUGCUUGAAGCUGUGUGUCAUUAGCAGUCAUUUCACACUUGAUCUGUCCUCUUAAGCAAAUGUGAUAUAUAUCUUUCAUAGCAGAUAAAUUAGCUCUUUGAUUAAACUCCCUUUGGAGCUGA